AUGAUGCCCAUCUUCACAACGCUGCUGGCUUGGCUGGUGCUGGACCAAGCCUUCAGCCGGAGAUUCUUGCUGGGGAUGACCGUCGCCAUCUCUGGCGCCAUCCUCAUUAGCUUGGAGGAUUUCCAGCUCAGCGGUGGCUACCUGGGAGACCUGGCAGCCCUAGUGGCUGCCCUUCUUUCAUCUAUCAACAUCCUCGCAGUCAAGGAGCUCCGCCGGCAUUUUGAGGCCGCCACGAUCCUCAUGUGGACCUGCGGGAUCGGCAGCGUGCUCAUGCUCUUCAUGUUGGUGGUGCUCCGCGAACAGAUAUUUCCCCGCACUGCCACAUCCUGGUAUGCUGUGGUUGGACUGGCUCUGCUACCCCAGGCUCUUGGCCAGGGCUUGCUGGCAUACAGCCUCAAGCAAUUCUCCGCCAGCCUGGUGGCCGUGUCGAUGUUGGCAGUACCGGUCACCGCCGCCAUCCUUGCCAUGGUUCUCUUUGCGGAGCGGCUGUUGAUGCUGAAUUGGGUCGGCUUUGGCAUCGUACUCCUGGGGAUCUACACCGCAGUGUCCGAUCCGGCCGCGUGA